GUUUUCUCCCCCUCACCAUGUCGCGCCCGGAGCUGCAAGCACCCCCGGAAAUCUACUAUGGAGAUGUUGAAGCGUCAAAAUACACCGGAAACACUCGCAAUCAGCAAAUUCAGGCCGACAUGACCUAUCGUGCACUGGAGUUGCUGCAGCUACCACCCGGCGAAACUUGUUUCCUUCUCGACAUUGGCUGCGGAUCUGGACUAUCUGGCGAGAUUUUGGACGAAGAGGGGCACAUAUGGGCUGGUGUUGACAUCGCACCGAGCAUGUUGGAGAUCGCUCUCGAACGAGAAGUAGAAGGGGACUUAUUCUUGCAAGACAUUGGUCAGGGCUUUGGCUUCAGGCCAGGUAGCUUCGACGGGGCUAUCAGCAUCUCCGUCCUCCAAUGGCUCCUGAACGCCGAGACCUCCCACCCCACAUCAUCCCCUCCUCACCGCCUCACCCGCUUCUUUACCACCCUCCACUCCGCCCUGCGCAAUCCCUCUCGCGCCGUCCUCCAGUUCUACCCCUCAUCCGACGACCAGAUCCAGCUGAUCACGUCCAUUGCGAUGCGCGCCGGUUUCGGGGGAGGUAUCGUCGUCGACUACCCGAACUCAAAUAAGGCGAAGAAGGUCUUCCUCGUGCUCUACGUUGGGGGGAAUGGGCUACAACAAGUGCCGCAAGGCCUGACGGGCGAGGAGGGCGCGGACGCCGAGGCUCGAGUGCAGUUUGAGCGAAGGAGAGAGCGCGAGAAGCGGCGCAUUGAGUCGAAGGGGAAGAGGAAAAGCGUGAAGGAUAAGGACUGGAUUCUGAGGAAGAAGGAGCUUUACAGGAAACGGGGGAAGGAGAGCGUACCCCGGGACUCGAAGUUUACGGGCAGAAAACGGAAGCCGACAUUCUGAGUCGCUGUUUUCCUUUCGCUCAUGUUCGUGACACUCUGUCAAAAGCGCGGCUCAUCCACGCGAUCACAGUGCCAGACAUUCUGCGAUACAUUCGCAUAUCAAUGCUACAUUUUACAUGUUAAGUGUUCAA